AUGGAACCUCAAACUGCUGCAACAAGCAAGAUAUCUGCCUAUCAGAUGGCUUGUGCUAUUUGCAGGGCUCUCAUCCAAAUACCCUCUCGCGUGGAAGCUGACGGUGAUCCCUUCACUAUCGAAACCGGGGCAGUGAUACCGGGUGUAGCAGCUCUCGCCGGUUACGUGAACGCUUCGUCGAUGACCAAUAACACCUGUCCAACACCAACAGGGAAUAGCUCCUCACCCUCGUCCCACGACGUUGCCAUCGGAGUAGGGGUUGGUGUGCCAUUGGGUGUCAUUACUCUGGCAUCAAUCGCCUGGGCUCUGUGGGAGCGUCGGCAAUUAUGCCGGCGACCGGAGCGCAGGCGACAGGUCAAUAUCAGCAUCAAUAUCCCCCGCACGUUGUAUAUCAACCUCAUCCGGCGGAGCUGGCGACUAGGCAAACAGAGCUGGUAUCGGAGUUGGACAGCAACAGGGAUGCAAAAUAGACUGGAUAUUGGGAUAUCCAUUGAUGCCGGUAGAGAGGCUAGACAGAAGGAAUGA